AUGGGUUAUUGCAUCAACAAUUCCAGUGAAAAGAAAGACAAUGGGUCAGCAUGGCAUAUUGAAUAUGGGUGUGGUGAAGCUGGAAAGAUAUUUGAAGUCAACAAUGGUGCAAUAAUAUUAAAGAAGGCACGUGAGACACGAAAAAGAUCAAAUGGUGAUCCUAUAUUCUUAAGUCUAGAAAAAAUUUUUGGUACAAAAGCUCCUCCAUAUAAUAUUAUACUAUCUCAGAAUGUUAAUGUCUGUAGAUCUCGUGAGCAGUUUCCACCGAAAAAAAAAAUCGCUGGCAUCAGGACAAGAGAACAUAUAAAAUGGGAAGAAGAUGGUACUAUAGUUUUAAAUAGUAUACCGGCACACUUUGUAGAUAUUUUCACGGUUAGAAAAACAUAUGAUACUUCUCUUGUUAGUAAUGGUCAUAAUUAUUUGAUGAUAUGCGAACAGUGUAAACAAGAUUUCAUAGAUACGAAACUAACAAAAAAAAGGAUUGAAAAUGAGAUCUCAAAAAUAUACGAAGCUAUCAAAAAGCAUGUUCCCAAGUACAAAGAAUGUUGGGUGCUCGUAAUUUAUAGCACACAAAAAAUAGAAGAAAAAAUUGAUGACGAAAGAUGUAUAGUUCUUGACAGCAUAGGAAUGGAACGCCAUUUUGGUUCAGCUUUGGCGGAAAGAGUCUUUUCUAUGCUAGAAAAUCAAAAAAUUAAUGCCAACAAUUCUGAAGUUGAUGAAUCCUAUGGAAUUGGAACUUCAAAUAAUAUGGUUAAAGAACAACGAAAUAGUCUAACCAAUAUUCACGGGUGGAAUGAUUUAAAACGUCGCAUUAGUAAAAUUCCCAAAAAUUUGAAAGAUCGUUUCGAAUCGUAG